ACAUUACAUCAUCACGUAAAGUACGUCCUCUCGUCGAGGCACGUUGGUUUCGUUUUGUUUUGGAGGAAGAUUAGCAAAGCCGCACUAAAGUUAUCGGAAAGCAACGUCUUAACUCAGGAAGCACAAGAAUAUAUGAACCAACACAAUGUCUGAAACAGCCAUUAAAUCGAAACAAGCACACAAAGACGUCAAUGGAAUUUCAACAGAAGUCGUCUGCACAGAGUUCAGUAAUUACAUAUUUAUAGUUCUCACUCAGUAUGGCAAAAUUGGGACAUUGAUUUCAGUCACACCUGACUCCAGAUCUAAUGAUAUCAGCACCCUGACGUUCUCCACUAGAGUACUGCUGGGCAAAGACGAGCCAAUGACUCAUGUUUGUGCCAGAAACCUGGCUCUGUUUGUCUCACAAGAAGCUGGAAACAGACCUGUGUUACUUGGACUUGCUCUGAAGGAUUCUUCCCUCGAUGCAGUAAAACAAAUGAAAGAGAUGAUCAGAAGUUGUCAAGUGUGGUAGUGGGUCAGAAAAAAGCACGGCAGGAGGCUUAAAGGCUUGAUGAGGAAAACAGAGUCACAUUGUCCUCUUCCAGUUUGUUAAAGAAAUAUAUUUCCUCAAUUGAGUUUGUGGUAUUUGUUAAAAUGUGUCCAUGUUCUAAAAACAGAACUACAAAACUGUUGUAUUUUUCCUGUUUUUCUUCAUUAAAAUCUGUUCUAAUAAAAAAGAAUUUGCCAUUUAUUUUCAAAAAUGAUUUUCUAUUUGAUCGUGUGCUCUCAAAGAGUAGAAUCAGUCUUACAAAUAAAUGGAAACCUUAAUUUAAUCACAUCAUGAGAUAAGAAUAAUGUUCUUUUUUUAUAUUACACAGUGCAUAUACUUAAAUUAGUCAGAAAUAAAAUGAUCGAAAGACUGCAGAGGCCAUUCUGAACAGUGGAUUUUUCAAACCUCUACAACCACAAUGCAUGAGCUUUUCCUUUUGCACGCUUACAGCUGUAUUGAUUAGUAAUGCUUUCAUAGCAGUUCUUUUAUCAUUUUGACCUUUAAUAUAUGUUUGUGAGAAAAUAAAAGGUUAACAACUCAAUAAAUCUACAUUUCAAGAAUUACACUGAAUCAGUUUCAUAAUGUUUUAGAUGCAGUACAUAAUUUGUGAUUUUUAAAAUAAAAACAGCAGCUUGUAA